AUAUCAACAAUACCCCUCUGCCACAUCCUAAAACCCUAGCAAACCAUUUUCCCCCAAAAAAACUCAAAUCUGAAAUUUCAUCAAAAAUGGAAAUCCUAAUUAAAUCACGACCGUUGAUCAGAACCUUUCCAAACGUCAAAUCAAUCUCAACUGUCCCUUUCCUCUAUCAAGAACCUCAACUCGCCGGAACUCCGCCGGAAUCAACCACCACUGCCACCACCACCACUAGCCCACUACCUCCAAAUCCCUCCUCCGGCAGUCCACUUUACAAUGAAAAUUGGCGAUCCCCCUUUGUAUCAACCGGUCAAUUUGCAUCAUCGUCAAUCGUACCGUUACCAUUCAUACGCCAAGCUCCAGCGAUGCGUAAUCAAACAAUGUCGGAAACUCUUGAUGUAAAAGGUAUACUGGAUACAUUCGGUAAUUGGGUGACUACGCAAAAUUGGGAAGAUAUGAAGCAACUGUUUGAGUUUUGGAUUCGAUCAUUGGAUAGAAAUGGGAAACCGAAUAUGCCGGAUGUGAAUUUGUUUAAUCAUUAUUUACGGGCUAAUUUGAUGUUGGGUGCUAGUGCUGAUGAUUUGUUGGGUAUUGCUAGUCAAAUGGAGGAGUAUGGACUUGUUGCUAAUACUGCUUCGCAUAAUUUGAUCUUGAAAGCUAUGUUUCAAUCGGGAGAACCAGUGGCGUGGGUUGAUAAAGCUGUUAAAUUGCUCGAAAGGAUGAUUCUGACUGGAAAAGAGUAUAAAGAAGCUUCGCCCGAUGAGGAGUCAUAUGACUUGGUUAUUGGCUUGCUAUUUAAAGCAGACCUCAUUGAUGAUGCCUUGAGAUAUGUUGAUUCAGCCUUAAAAUCUGGGUACAAGCUAUCCAUGAAUUUAUUUAACGAGUGUGUGCGAAGCUGCAUCUUCAAAAACAGGCUGGAUAUAUUGGUGUCAAUAAUCGAGAGAUGCAAGAAAACAGAUCAGAACAAAGGCCUGUUGCCGUCUUGGAACAUGUGCACACACCUUGCUGAUGUUGCACUACAGGCAGAUAAUAGUGAACUAGCUUUUUCUUCCUUGGAUUUCUUAGUGAGAUGGGUUGUUAGAGGUGAGAAUGUGAGGCCCCCUGUUUUACUAACUGUUGAUGAAGGACUGCUUCUGGCUGCACUUGGAACUGCAGGUAGAACUUACAAUGCUAAACUCCUUACUGGUGCUUGGGAAGUCCUUAAGCGCUCACUACGGCAAACGAGGGACCCUAACCCUGAAUCUUUCCUUGCGAAAAUAUAUGCCCAUGCGUCAUUGGGGCAAUUGCAGAAUGCAUUUGCUACGCUGCAUGAGUUUGAGAAAGCUCAUGGUAGUUCUGAAGAAGAGAGUGCAGAGGAACUAUUUUCUCCCUUUACCUCUUUGAAUCCACUGGUUGAUGCUUGCUGCAGGAAUGGUUUUGCCACUUUGGACACUGUCUACUAUCAGCUGGAGAAUUUGAGCCGAGCAGACUCCCCUUACAAGUCUGUUGCUGCACUCAAUUGUGUAAUUUUAGGCUGUGCCAAUAUAUGGGAUAUUGAACGAGCUUAUCAGACAUUUGCUGCAAUUGAAUCCACUUUUGGAUUAACCCCAGAUAUCCAUUCUUACAAUGCGCUGAUAUACGCAUUUGGGAAGCUUGGCAAGAGAGACGAAGCCACAAAAGUCUAUGAGCACUUCAUGGAUUUAGGCGUGAAGCCAAAUGAAAUGACGUAUUCUCUACUCGUUGAUGCUCAUCUUAUCAAACGAGAGCCUAAAGCCGCAAUUUCAGUAGUUGAUGAGAUGGUGCAUGCCCAGUAUAAACCUUCCAAGGACAUGCUGAAAAAGAUCCGAAGACGAUGUACUCGAGAGAUGGAUUAUGAAACUGAUGAUAGAGUCGAGGAGUUAAGCAAGAAGUUCAACAUCCGAUUGGGCACAGAGAACCGCCGGAACAUGCUCUUUAAUCUUGAAUACACCACGGAAUAUGCUGGUUAGAUGGUGCUGAAGUGGACCAGAGAUCGCGUGCAUAGUCCACAACAUUCAAAAUUUCUCGGCCUUCUGCUGAGAAAUUUGAUGGAAUCCAGCAUUAAGAUAUCAUUGCUUCUAGCGUUUGAAUGUUUGGACUCUUUUCCUCUUCUUCUAGCUUGCCUAUGGGACACCUGAGUGCUGAUAGGGCGGUGUCCGUGAAGUUUAGUAGUCUCGUAUCUAAUAUGCCUCACGCGAUCCUUUAACCAGUGGCUGUAAAUUACUUAGUUCUGGUUAGUAUUAAGCUUUGGAGGAUGGUGUUUUAGUUGGUAGGUUCUUGUUCGACAUACUUAUGUAUUCUUUUUCCACCAAUUAGGAUUCUUAAAGACAGUCAUUUGAUGCAAUGAGAUCAUCUCAUUGUGAAUAAACUGUAGGCACACUUCAUGCUUCACUGCUGAAAUAGUUUACAUCAAAUGCAAUUUUCUGACUCAUUCAUGGUACAAUACACCCUUGUAGUGGGCGGGAGCUUAAGUGCAUCGGACUGUCUUUUUUUUUUUCUUGGUUUACAGAUUCUCCAUAGUUGAUACUCUCUGGUGUUUAUGUAUUAUUUUUGGUUGUGAAUUUCUUCGUACUA